AUGGGUUUCCAUAGUGUGACCGUUAUUUCUCCUACAGCAGAAGGAAUCCUUCCGCAGAUGACUUCAACAAGAGGGAUGAAGUACAUCCUGCUGUCAUUGUGGAGGCAUCAUCCCUCCAACGAGGCAAGGGCCUGUAGGGCAGCCAAUACAACUGCCUUCAAAUUCUCGAAACUGCAUGUGGGCAACUACCCCAUGCCACCUCCCACUCCAUCAUGGUCAGGGCACUUCAUGCCUGAACCAGCUCCACCUGCACCUCUGCAAAAGAUGCAGGUUUCUCUCUCUCAAUUAAUGGAUGGUAACUAUGGCCAUCUACCCACCACCAUGCGACCUCCCACCCCACCACCUAUCCCCAAUGAGGACGAGGAUAUGAAGAGUGAUGGCAAGGUGACAACAGGGUCAGUCAAUGAGGCAGCUCCUCUUCCUGAACGUCAUUUCCCUGCUGUGAUUCAGUCUGAAACCGAGGACACUGUCGCUGGCCCUUCCUCCAAGAAGGGUAAAGCAAAGAAGGUUUAA